AUGUCAUUAUCGUCACGUCCAGUGGUCCACCUUAUAGGCUUAGGCUCCAUGGGUGCCAUUUUUGCAGCUGAUUUACUCAACUAUACGAAUGCCUCAAUAAUUCCAAUAUUUAGAUCUAAGGAAAAAUUGGCCAAAUUUCAAAACGAGGCAAAUUCUGAACUUAUGAUCCAUAGAAAUUACUUACCUAGUAGGCCUAUUUUGAAAUACAAGUUUGCAAAGGCUUAUUGUCCAGAAAGUACCAUAAAUGAACCAUUUAAGAAUUUGGUCGUUAGUACAAAGACGUUCCAGACGAAGAGCGCUUUGACUCCUUAUUUAAAGUAUAUUGAUUCUAAUACAAACUUAUUGUUGAUACAAAAUGGAUUAGGUGUCUUAGAUGACUUGAAGAAUGAUGUUUUCAUUGAUGAGACAAGAAGGCCACAAUUGUUUCAAGGUGUUAUUACUCAUGGCGGUAGUCAAAUUUCCGAUUUUACUAUUAAUAAUAGUAGCCAAGGAGAUUUGAAAAUAUCACGUUUACCUUGGAAUCAAGAUAGAAUGAUUCAGAAAUCGUGUGUAUUAAAAGAAGACCGCAACGAAAACGAAUUAAUGCAUUUAUUGACGAGCGAGACAAUGGUAAAAGGAUUCAAUAUUACACAUAUGACAUAUCAAGAGUUAUUAUUCAGUCAGCUAUAUAAAUUUGUUUUUAAUUGUUGCAUCAAUCCUGUAACUGCCAUUUUAGAUUGUUCUAUUGGAGAAAUGAAACCAAACUCUACACCACUCUUAACUUCUAUUGUCGUCGAAACCUUGUUCGUCUUGAGAAAAGCUUUCUCCCCAUUAUUUCAAUACGAAUCCAUGUAUAAUGGACAAGAAGACUAUCCUGCUAUAGAUGUAAAUGGAAAGUUGUCAACAGAUUAUAUGGUGGGAGAACUACUUAAGUAUUUGGAGAAGCAUAAAAACUCAUCUAGCUCAAUGAGGGAAGAUGCCGUUCACUUGAGAAAUACCGAAAUUGAUUACAUCAACGGAUAUGUAGUGAGGCUUGCUAAUGCCUUAGGUCUGUCUACGGAGUCAACUAAGGUGAAUAAAACGAUAUGCGAGUUACUUAAUCUGAGAUUAGGCCUAAAUAAAGUAAGAUCUCUCAACAAGAUACAAGGAACUUAA